AUGGAAAGAAGCAAGAAAAGGAAAAAUAAUGAAUACUUUGAUGAAGUUACUCGAGAAUGUGUCAAUCAGAUUGAUAAAUUGGCUGAAGUUCAUAAAGGUGAAGAUGUUCUCACCGAAGCAUGGGCCACCACUAUCAAACUUGACCAAGAGAACUACCUACUAUGGAGAAAUCUGGCGCUGCCCAUUUUGCGAAGCUAUCGGCUGGAAGGUCACCUCACCGGCGAAGAUCCGUGUCCACCCAGGUUUUCCGUGGCAACUGAUCAAUCGACAGCAACCGUUCCGCCUGGAGAUGAAGCCGGUCUUGGAGGACAGUACUCAGGCAUUGCCUCUCUAACUCCUCAGCAAGGAAUAACCACAGCAUCCAACUCCUCCCCUGUUCUUCAGGUAAAUCCAUUUUAUGAAUCACGGACUGUUGUUGAUCAACUUUUGUUGGGUUGGCUGUAUAAUUUUAUGACUGCAGAAGUAGCUAUGCAAGUGAUGGGAUAUGAAAAUUACAAAUACCUAUGGGCUGCCAUUCAGGAGUUAUUUGGUCUACAAUCAAGAGCGGGGGAAGAUUACCUUCGUCAAGUAUUUCAACAGACUUGCAAAGGGGCAAUGAAAAUGCCUGAAUACCUGAGAGUGAUGAAGACUCACUCAGACAAUCUUGGACUCACUGGAAGUCCAGUACCUACACGAGCAUUGGUGUCACAAGUUCUAUUGGGACUUGAUGAGGAAUUCAACCCGUUUGUUGCAACCAUCCAAGGACGCUCUGAGAUCUCUUGGACAAAUAUGCAAACCGAACUGUUGGCUUUCGAAAAGAGACAAACAAACAACAACAAUCAAAGGGGUGGAAGUGGACGAAACCGAGGUAGAAGACGGUGGAACAAUAACAGUUACAACCGACCUACCUGCCAAGUCUGCAAUAGGUAUGACUACUGCUGAUAUUUGCUUCCACGGGUAUGAGAGAGGGUUCGUAGCCCUUACAAAUCAGAACAAAGGCGGAAAUCAAGCCUCACAAAACAUUAGAAACCAGAAUACCUCAUAUGCAUUCACUGCAUCUCAAAAUACACCAGCUACUCCUCAAAUGGUUGUUGAUCCAAAUUGGUAUGUAGACAGUGGGGCUACCAAUCAUAUCACUGGUAAUUACAACAAUAUGAUUCAGUCCACUGACUAUGGAGGUAAGGAAAAAGUUAUAAUUGGGAAUGGAAAUAGACUGAAUAUAUUUCACAUCGGUAGAACUAGUUUAAAAACAAAAAAUGGACAACUUAUCUUAGAAAAUGUGUUGUGUGUGCCUGAAAUAGCCAAGAAUUUAGUUAGUGUUUCCAAACUAGCUAAAGACAAUGAUGUGUUUUUGGAAUUUCAUGCUAACAAAUGUAUUGUAAAGGACUUGUGUUCAGGCAUGGUGCUGAAUGGGGAUCUUGAAGAUGCACUUUACAGGCUGAAUACAAAGAAGAUAGUUGAUGGUAGUGCUUCAAUUGUUUAUGAGAAAUUGAAGUUAAAAAUAACAUAAUAGUAUGUUCAGCCUACUCUAUACCUACUGUUUUCACUAAUAGGAAGGUGUCCAAGGAUGUUUAGCACAAAAGAUUUGGGCAUCCAUCUUCUGCAGCCCUAGACUUGUUAGUUAAAAAAUGUAAUCUACUAGAAACCUUGAAUGCAAAUGUUGAAUUUUGUGAAGCUUGCAAAUUUGGUGAAUCACAUGCUCUUCCCUUCUCUAAGUCUUUUCUCGAGCUAUGGCACCAUUUAAACUAGUUCACUCUGAUUUAUGGGGCCCAACACCAGUUUUUUUCAAUGAUGGUUUUCGUUAUUAUGUUAAUUUUGUUAAUGAUUUCAGUCGUUUUCUAUGGAUAUAUCCCCUAGACAAAAAAGUGAUGUAAUAGGAGCAUUUAAUCACUUUUACAACACAAUCAAAACUCAGUUUGGAGGCAAGAUUCAGUGCUUCCAAUCUGAUAAUGGUGGGGAAUUUAAACCUAUUCAACAUCUAUGUGAUAAGCUAGGGAUUAAAGUAAGACUCUCGUGCCCAUACAAAUCAAAACAAAAGGGAAGAGCAGAACGAAAACAUCGACAAGUAGUUGAAAUGGGACUAACCUUAUUGGCUCAAGCAGGGAUGCCUAUUAAGUAUUGGUGGAAGGCCUUCACUACAGCAACUACCUUGAUUAAAAUAGCCUACCAUCAAAAGCAAUUGGGAACAACAUCCCAUUUGAAGCUCUUUUCAACAGGAAAGUAGACAUUUCACUAAUAAAGAUAUUUUGUUGUGCUUGCUUUCCAUAUUUAAGACCUUACAAUACUCACAAGCUAAAUUUUCAGUCUACUAAAUUUGUUUUUAUUGGUUUCAGUCUAGCUCACAAGGGAUUCAAAUGCCUUAGCCCAAAUGGACGUAUAUAUAUUUCCAGGCAUAUGCAGUUCAAUGAGACUGAAUUUCCUUUCAAAGAUGGAUUCUCAAAGAGUAGUGACUCGAUAUUCUCUAGAGAAAUGCCAGUCCCACAAACCUCACCAAACCAUCAAAUUCCCUCCCAUCAACCCAGACAAAUCUCUGAAUUUGUCCCUCCACAUAAUCCACCUCCCACGGUUGUCCAAAGCCCAUCCUCGAGCAGUCCACACCAAGCCCAAGCAGUCCACCCCCACACACCAUCCAAAUUACCCGACUUCUCCCACAACUCAACUGCCUACUCAUCAACCUCACCCACUUCCCUACCCCGUGAUCCCUGCUCUCCUUGCCCCUCAAGUACAUCUAAGCCUUGACAAACAUCAGAACAGUCUCCUUCCAAUCAUUUCCUCCCCAGUCCACCAACGGCACUACCACCUCAACUUCCUUAUCAUCUCAUGAUUACUCGGGCAAAGGCUGGCAUCUUCAAACCAAAACUCUUCACCUCUAAAACCACAAUUGGUUGGUCUCUUACUGAACCAACACGUCUAACAGAUGCACUAGCCACUCCAGUUUGGAAACAAGCAAUGGAUGCUGAAAUUUCAGCCCUAUAGAGAAAUAAUACUUGGACACUAGUUCCCAAACAAUAGUCCAUGAAUAUAGUAGGUUGCAAGUGAGUUUAUCGUAUCAAAAGGAAUAUGGAUGGAGUUGUUGAAAGGCACAAAGCCCGACUGGUAGCCAAAGGCUUUUAUUAAACACUUGGAGUUGAUUUCUCUAAGACAUUCAGUCCAGAAGUAAAACCUUCUACAAUUCGUAUUGUACUCUCCUUAGCCGUAUCUUAGAAAUGGUCUUUGUGAAAUCUCAACGUCAACAACGCCUUCCUUAAUGGAGUCCUUGAUGAGGAUGUUUCUAUGUCUCAACCUUCUUGCUAUGUCAACCAAGUUCUACCAUCUCAUGUCUGCAAGCUCCACAAAGCCAUCUAUGGCCUCAAACAAGCACCACGAGCAUGGAACACCAUGCUAAAGUCAACUCUACUUGACUGGGGCUUUCAAAACAGUAAGUCUGACUCAUCCUUAUUUAUCUAUUGCAAAGGCAAUGUUAUCAUAUUAAUGCUUGUGUAUGUGGAUGACGUCAUACUUACUGGAAACAACACCUCCAUGGUGAAUCAACUAGUAACUAAACUAGACAACACCUUUGCACUAAAAGACUUGGGAAUUCUAAGUUACUUUUUGGGCAUUCAAGUCAAUCACCUACCCUCCGGUCUUCUACUAACUCAAAGUACAUUGACGAUAUUUUAUCCAAACUCAACAUGGAGGAUUUCAAGCCAAUGGUAUCUCCAUGUACUCUCAGCAAACAUUAUUCAUUGAAUAGUGGCAAAGUGUUAGAAGAACCCUUCAUUUACCGGAGCAAAAUUGAAGCUCUUCAGUAUCUCACUCACACCCGAUCGGACAUUGCCUAUAUAGUCAACCAUUUAAGUCAAUUCCUGAAGCAACCAACUAAUGAACACUGGAGUGUUGUCAAAAGAGUACUUCGUUAUCUCUCAAGAACUAAGCAGUUUGUCUACUUAUUCAACCAAGUGAUGGGUUGUCUAUUAAUGCAUACUCUGAUGCUGAUUGGGCCUCCAACAUAGAUGACCGUCGCUCCGUUGCAACAUACUGUAUCUUUGUGGGAAAUUCACUUGUAUCAUGGUCUUAAAAAAAGCAAAGUGUUGUAGCCUGCUCAAGUAUAGAAUCUGAAUAUCGAGCCUGCUGAGAUCAUAUGGAUACGCCAACUUCUGUCUGAAUUGGGCCUUCCACAAACUACCACUCUGGUCCUAUGGUGUGACAAUAUGAGCAUCGGAGCCCUUGCCUCUAACCAUGUCUUUCAUGCUUGGACAAAGCACAUAGAAAUUGAUGUGCAUUUGUUCGUGAUCAAGUGAUAAAUGGUCAUCUAUCAGUUCGAUACAUACCCUCUGCUGACCAAGUUGUCGAUUGCCUUACCAAGCCACUCACUCACUCUCACUUUCACUUGCUGAGAUUCAAACUCGGGGUCAUUGAACUCCCCUUUCGUUUGAGGGGGGAUGUAAGGAGUAAAUUGGAGAAAGGGAAGGACAAAAUACAGCCUAAAGAUGAAGAAUUUUCUCCAACAAAUUAUAUCAGACCGUUGGGAGUACCUCCACUACCUUUAUGACAUGUGGCCACUAACACCUAUUCUUUUUUAUUUAUUUCAUUAUGUAAAUAUUAAUAUUCCCUCCUCGGGCUAUGAUAAUAUUGUAUAAAAAGGGUUGUCCAUCCAUUGGUUAAUACACAAGUAAUAAUACCUAAUAGCUGAGGCUUUUCAGAAAAAGCAAGAAGAUCUUUCAUCUUUCUUUUCGUCCUUUUGUCUUCUUGCUUUCAUUCCUUACUGGAGAAUAGAAAGGUCAUUGUGUGGUAGUGUGCUAUGGAUUAGCUUUCAGUGUUUGUGAUUUUGCAGACAUUCGUAUGUUCGUGCAGAGGAGUUGUUCGUGAUCUAGGCAAGAGGAAUUUCGUAAAAAAGGAAUUCUACAAGGGCAAGUUCUUCCUCCCCUCUCCACUCUAGAAUUACAUGCUUAGGGGUGAAUGUUUAUCCUUUUUUACUGUAUGUGUUUUUUUCAGUAUUUUGUUGGUUUCAAAAUUGAAUGUCAAU